CGUCUGGCCGUAAAAAAUAGAAACUUCCAAGAUGGCCGAGUCCGUGGACUCCAUGCAUUUCGCAGCGAACAGCCAAACAAAUUCCCCCCAAUCGCUGUUAGCUAAACGGCCGCCGGGGAUCCGACCGCAGUCUUCCAGCGACAUUCACCCGCCUCCCCCAAAGAAGGUCCGCGUGGAGGAGAAGCGACCCAAGCACCGGAAAGUCAACGGAGAGGUGUGCGCAGGGGAAAAACACAACGGGAAACCGAGUUUUGAGAGCCCAGCGAAAUGGAGUUUCGGCCCGGGCAAGGCGAGCAACUCCGCCGCCCCCACCGCCACCGCGGUGGUGGUGCCAGGAGCAGCAGCGACUCCCGCACGAAAAAUAUUCAAAAUAAGCAACUUCCUCGCCUCGCCGUCUAAAGAAAAACGGGCAAAAGAGAAGCGGCAUAGAGAAAAAAGCGGCGAAGCGCAGCGCAGUUCGGCCGCGGCUGUGGAGAAAGUCAGCCCCGCUAGCUGCUAUACAAAGACCGAGAACGGCGACAUGAAGACGCCACAGAGAGAUCAUAACAGCAAAGACAAGGAGCGAGACAGCAAGAAGGAAAGGAGCAGCAAAGAGUGGAAAAACCACAAAUUGCCGCCAGAACGUGACAUCUCAAAGGAAAACGGGGAGGUGGUGUUCCCUCUUCAGAGGGAGCCCAAGGACAAGCCCAAAGCCAGCUCCCAAGAAGACCUCUUGCUCAAGAAGCUGAAGAAGAAAAAGAAAAAGAAGCACAAAGACGGCGAACGAGCCAAAGAGAGACACGGCCGCCCUAAAAUGUACCACCGCUCGUGCCAGACUGUUUAUUCCGGAGUCUCUCUCGGACUGGCCGAGUUCCUCAGCCGAAUCAACGGCAACAGCGGAAGUGGCACGGGGCUACUUCACAGCACGCAGCGCCAGGACCCGCCUUCCUUACCCGCCAUGCUCAGAGACGGAUUGGGCUACAGCUCACCGCUCCACUGCACGCCCAUGCCGAGUCUGCCAGGGCUGGAGUUCGGCCACCUCAUCCACGUGGAGAUGCAGGCUAAUGGCGGCGCGUCUGUCGCGCACGCCUACAGCGAGCAGCUCUCGGCCCUGUCGCCGGCCGAGAUGCAGCGCUUCGCCCAGGAGUUUGUCACCCUGUCGUUCAGCGAGGAGGAAGCCCAAGCGGCGUGUUUUGUUAUGGGCAUCAUCCACGGAGCGGCGUCCUACCUCCCGGACUUCCUGGAUUACUUCUCCGACAAGUUCCCCAACGCUCCGGUCAAGAUGGAGGUGCUCGGGAAGAAGGACAUCGAGACCACCACCAUGGCCAACUUCCACACUCAGGUGAAGCGGACAUACUCCCAGGGAACGUACCGGGCCGGGGCCAUGCGGCAAGUCAGCCUGGUGGGCGCCGUGGAUGAGGAAGUCGGCGACUACUUCCCUGAGUUCAUCCGCAUGUUGGAGGACUCUCCCUUUCUGGAGCGGACUCUGCCUUGGGGAACCUUCUCCAGUCUGCGGCUGCAGAGCCCCACGGAAAGUGACGACGGCCCCAUCAUGUGGGUCCGACCUGGAGAACAGAUGAUCCCCAUGGCAGAUAUGCCCAAGUCUCCCUUCAAGAGGAAAAGGUCUACCAACGAGAUCAAGAACCUGCAGUACCUCCCGAGAGCCAGCGAGCCCCGCGAGAUGCUGUUUGAGGACCGGACGCGAGCUCACGCCGAUCACAUCGGACAGGGCUUCGAGAGACAGACGACUGCCGCCGUUGGCGUGCUGAAGGCUGUACGCUGCGGGGAAGAAAGCGACACACCUGCGCGCAUCACCAAAGAUGUGGUGUGCUUUCACGCCGCAGACUUUCCAGACGUGGUCAUGAGGCUGCAGCUGGACCUCCACGAGCCGCCGCUGUCUCAGUGCGUCCAGUGGAUCGACGACGCCAAACUGAACCAGCUGCGGCGAGAGGGCAUCCGCUACGCCCGCAUCCAGCUCUACCACGACGACAUCUACUUCAUCCCCAGGGGCGUCAUCCACCAGUUCAAGACGGUGUCGGCAGUCUGCAGCUUGGCCUGGCACAUCCGACUCAAGCAAUACCACCAACACGAUGUUGCGGAGGAGGAAAUAGAAAAAGGUUCACCGAGGGAUGUCACGUUGCAUAUCAAGGAGGAGCAGCUCGAGGAGAAAGUGAUGAAACUGCAGGAGGAGCUACCUUCACUGCUGCCCCGUAAGGAGGAAGAGGGGUUCCAAGCACUAAUAGAGAAGAAGGAAGAGGUGAAAAAGCAGGAGGAGGAGGAGGAGGAACCGUGUCCAGGUGAAGUUCAGGGGGAAGGAGGCGCUUUCUUGAAGCCCCUGCCAAUCAAGAAAGAGAACUGCAGUGAGGAGGAGAAGCAGCACAAGAUCGUCAAGAAGGAGCGAGGGCAGUGGGAAAAGGAAGACAGGAGUAAAGAGGAGAAGGAGAGGAGUAAAGAAGAGGACAGGAGUAAAGAGGAGAAGGAGAGGAAUAAAGAGGAGAGGGAAAGGAGUAAUGAGGAGAAGACUCAAGAGGAGAAGGAAAGGACGAAAGAGGAAAAGGACAGGAAUAGAGAGGAGAAGGAAAGGAGUAAAGAGGAGAGGAAGGACAAGAGUAAAGAUCGAGAUCGGAAGCAUAGAAUAAAGGAUAAGGAGAGGGAGAAGGUCAAGACUGACGUCAUGGCGAUGAUGAAGAAGAAGGACAAGGAGGGCGGAGGAGGAGCCGCUGUCUCGCUUUUGUCACUCAACUCGCGACUCGAGGAGAUGCGAGAUGGCUGCAAACACAAAUCAUCGCAAGGUAAGAAGGAGAAGAGCUGCCACCGGUCAGAUGCUUCCACGCCCAAAUCUGACGCACCCAAGUCAGACCCCAAAGCCUCGCCCAACAAACCGGCUCAGCUCAGGAGAGACGGUAAGAAAGAGGAGCCCAAGAAGCCACCCAGGACGCUCAUCACGUUUGAUCUCUUCAAGCCCAUGGAGGCCCACCAGACGCUGGCGCUUUCUUUUAAAACCCACCACCAUCACCACCAACACAGCAACACCAAGCCCGCAGACAACCGGACACUGGUUCCCUUCAAGGGAACCAAAGUGAAAAGUGGGCCGGCACUUUCGGACUCUCAAACGCAGCAGCAGCAGCACUCGGCGCUUAAGCAGACUCUCAAAACUCACAAAGACUUCCUUGUAUGAAUGUCAGCCGUUUGGUUACUAUUACACGCGCACACACACAAACAUCCACUCAGAAAAAGAUUUUCGAUGCGAACCUAAAAUGCACUGGGACUUUCAAACUAGGUCAAUUUAACUUGAGCCAAGUGAACUCAUGUCCAAGUUGAAUAUGACAUAUUUGAUCCGUGAACAUUUUGAAGGAUUUCCCACUCGUAUGCCUUUCUGUGACUCCUCCAGUCUCUGUUGCAACCUGCUGAUGAAGUUCAGUCGCCUCUUCCCAAGACUGAUAGUCACAGAAAGGCAUGAAAGUAGACAUCCUUGGAAACUGUUGGGAAUUUUGCCAUUAAAUUCCUUGUUCCGUAGCAGCAAAUUAUGCCAAAUGUAGCGGAACUUUGAACAGUUUUCCACCUGGUGCAUUUCAUCUCUUAAGUUUUACUUCAAUAUAGGCCAAACCUUUUGUGGCUUUUACACAAGCAAGAUCCACUCCAACAUAUUCAAACAGGAGAAGACGAAUGUGAGCUAAGUGUCUCGCCUUGCAUUUUAUGUUGGAGAAUGUAUGCUGGCGUUUGUCAGUGCGUGCUCACUACUUUCUUUUUUCUCUUUUUUUAAUAGCUCCUACAGAUGGUACAAAACCCAUUCAUUUCUAAGCGACCUCUCUCUCUCUCUGUCACACAUACACACACCAAAAUGAAAUGGCUACAUUAUAAUGAGCUACUGAAUCACUUUUGCAGUUUUUAAAUGUUCUCAGUUUCAAGCACCCAAAGGGUGAUGCGUUUUUUUUUUCUUUUCUUCAGACAAGACUUCCAAACCAACACCAACCGAGCUGUAAAUUAUUCUGUAUGUACCAAAAAGUGUACAGCAUAAAUAGAUGUUAUCAGCAUCCACGUGAGGAAAUGUAUACAGAAAUUGCAUAUAUUUUUUUGUAAGACGAGUUUUAUUUUCCAUAGAACUUAUUUAUAUCAUUUAACUGUCUUGUUUUUAUUUGAGGCCAACGUACAUGAACAACGUUGUUCUUUUUUUAAGUGUAAAUACAUUUUAUUUCCUAAGAUAAGACCUGGUAGUGUGAUUUAUAUACUGAUUGGAACCUCAAUAAAUGGUUCAAAAGCA